UUUCAAUUAGUUUGCACUGAAGAUGACAGUUGCAAUGGAAACACAGCACCUUCCUGCAUUAAGGGUACUCUCAGCACCAACACAAAGUAAAAAAACAGAAGCAAUGCCAAAACACACUCUCUUUGGCACUGCUCUGGAGGUUUUUGACCCCGAGGAGAGGGAGGCAAUAAAAAAUAUUGACCUUAAAACCCAAAGAGUACCAAGUGGCCACAAAUAUACACAGCAUUAUGUAGUUCCCGAAUUUGUGAAAAAUCACUUAAAAGGAAAAAGACUUUUCAUUGAGAAAACAAAGAGAGACAUAGAGAAACAGAAAUCUGCAGUAGAAACUGCUAGAAAAUCUCUACAAGAAAAAGAAGAGGAGGCCAAGAAGUUUGAAAUGGAUGUGUAUGAGGGUAUGAGGGAUGGGGACCCGACCCCCAGACAGAAGCUUCUGAUGACAAUGGAGGCCUCAAACAUGCUAAAGGAUAUGAACAGAGUUGGGCUGAAUGAAAGAAACAGUUACAACAGAGACAAAUAUGGCCGAAAGCCCAGUGUUCACAGUUAUAGUCUUAUGGGAGACGUCAUGCGUCCAAGAAAUAUGGACCUUCCAACCAGGAGGGAACCUUCAAACUACUCGAAGCAAAAAAAGGAAAAAAUUGAGACAGUUCUCCCCCUUGGACCUCAGGAUUCUAAUCAGUCUGCAAAUGGCUCAAGGCCUGCCUCAAGAAGAAGCUUAGCUGUUGAUUUGCCGGAAAAUAUCCGACAUCAGUUCGGAAGCAAAAUAUGCGAAUCUUUACUUAAUGAUGAAAAAGUGGUUGAGAGAACCAUGCAAAAACAGAAGGAAGACAAAGAAGCUGCUUAUAGAGUGCGAAAACCACUUUCAGUUCCAAAAAUAGACAAAAAUUUAAAACCAGAGUAUGAACAGUUAGGAAAUUUUAUGAGGAUGAAUGUGUUCCCCGGAUAUAAUGUUAAUCACAAAAUCAGCACCACUAAGUCAACUUUUACAGAUGCUGUUCACCUUCAACGGGUUCCUGACCCAGACAAAUGGCGUUAUCAAAGGGAUGAAUUAAGUACUUGGGCCGAAUUCAACAUUUUGAAUGAACGCAUGAAAAAAAGCUGGAAUGAUUAUUUCACCAAUCUACCAAAAGCUGAGGCAAAUUGGAAUAGAAAUGCUGCACCAAAACCAAAACCUGCACCCAAUCCAACUAAACAGAAACCAGUUAAAAAGAAACCAGCUCAAAAACAAGAAAACCCUGCAAAACCAGAAUUUGAAGAGGUAGUCUUUGAAACACCCCCAGUUACUCCCCCUCCUGAUCAAGGGACGGUAAAACUGGCCCCUAAAAAAGACAAUGAAUUUUGGGAUUUUUAUGAUAAAGGGGGGAAAAAAUAAUAAAUGUAUUUCUACUUCUAUUUUUUAUGCAAGAAAAUCUGUGAUAAAGUAUAAAUUGAAUUGUUUCUUUAAUUUUCUGUUACAUAUCAUGCAGUCAUUCCGAAAUUACUUGUACCUGUAUUAAUUAUGAAGAUAUUUUUUGCCUAUAGUAUUAAAUAAUGAAAAGGCAAUAUUGGUGUUAUAAUUUCUUAUGAGUUAUAUACAUCUAAUGGUUUUUGUUUUGUUGUCAGCAUAUAUAAUCUUGUCAAGCAUUGUU